AUGUCGAAGACUCGCCACAACAACACUGCCAGCCGAGGCCUGCAGCCCUAUGAAACCGACGUCAAGUUCAGUACGUCCCCGACUACAUUCCAGAUCGUCUCUGAUCUGCCUCUCGAGACCCAUCCGUCCUGUGACUACCAGUUCAAACAGACCGCUCCCGAUCUAGCUCUGCUCGGCGACGUUGCGCACGUGGCAGACGACGCCCUCUUCGACUUCCGCGAGGGCCAGAUCCGCCUGUACUGGAACGUGUUCUUCCUCCUCGGGAACCACGAACCAGUCUGGGCAGUAGGCCGCCGCCAAACAAAGAGUUUGCGCGUUCGCCCUCAGGAUGGACCAGCUCCGGGCCCAAACCUCCAUAGGCCGCUUCAUAGCGUCACCGUGCUUAGCUGUACGCCGUUCUCGCGAGUGACGCAGGAUCCAGCGGCCGCCGUGCCAAAGUGGACUGUUGCGGACCACGUCGAUGCCCAUAAAUUUGACGUGGAAUGGUUGAACGCUCAGACAGAUUGUCUCUUCACGCACCACAGCCCGACGUUGGACUCGAGAGCUGUGGACGAACGUCACAGGGACAGUUCUGUUGCUUCGGGCUUCGCGACGGACCUCAGUGACCAAGAGUGCUGGAGCAAUCCAUCUGGGGUGAUGAGGGCGUUUGGGCAUACACACUUCAGCUGUGACUUUGUUGAUGAGCUUGGGAAGAGAGUGGUCGCUAACCACAGGGGCUAUGCCAUGGGCUUGAAGGCCGAUUUUUGA